CCUUGCGGCUCUACGCAGUCCCUCUGCCUGCAGACAGAGUCUCAAUAGUCGUCCUAUUCUCAUUCAGCAGGGACGCUUGUAGGUAUCAGCGGGCAACACGUUCAGGAUCACGAUUUCAAGAUGAGCAUCCUCGCUGCAGGAUGAUUGCAAUGCCACUCAUUGUACUCGUAAUUCAUAAAGAGUGCCAGUGUUGCCUUGUCGAACAACAUGUUGCCACCCGCACACCAUUUGCGCACACUAGCACCGUCCCACAAGCUUGCUCUCCCUGAACCGCAAUCGCAGACCCAACAGCCUGCGCACGGCCGAUCGGAACCGCAGCAUGUCCGCAACCACUACGACUCAGACCCAAUCAUCUGCGGGACCUGCAGCGGGUACCGUCUCCCUGGCUGGGCUUCCAAAGAUCAAAGCUACGAUUGAGUACUUGGACGCGUCCAUCGCGAAGCCUUACCAUCGUGCACACCGCAACGAAGGUGAAGACCUGACCAAUGUGGUGCACGAGAGCAUAUCCGUCGACGUAACCGAUCUAGCAUCCACCACGCUUUCGGAGCGCGAAGCAUUCGGUCUAAACACGCACGGUGCAGGGUUCGAGAUAGUGCAUGGCUUCGGUCAACAAGAGACUGAAACAGGGUGGAGCGAGGAAAAGUGGAAUGACGAGGAAUGGAUCAAGCAGGCUUACUACAAAGAUGUGGAUCAGCUUUUGAAGGAUAAUUUGGCACAGAGAGGUCAGCAUGUGCAAAGCACCUUCAUCUUUGACCAUACCAUUCGCAAAGGGCAGACCAAGCAUACACCCGAUGAUCCCUUCAACCGAAAGCCCGUUGCUCAGGCUCAUUGUGAUCAGAGCCGAUGGUCCGGCGAGAAUCGCAUCAGGAAGCAUUUGGGCGACGAGACGCUUGCCAAGGUCAAGUCUGGCGAGCUAGCGGCUCAGCUGAUCAACGUCUGGCGACCUUUGCGUGGUCCCGUGGAAGAAGAUCCGCUAGCCGUAGCCGAUUCCCGCACAGUAGGCGUUCACGCCGACGGUACAUCCGACUGGGUUCAAGCCGAUCUGAUUUUCAAAGAUUGGACUGGCCAAUUCCUGUUGAUUCACAAGAAUCCGGUUCAUAGGUGGUACUAUCAUUCGAGCUUGAAGACUGAUCAGGCAAUCUUGCUCAAGUGCUACGAUAGCGAGACGGAGACUAGGACUCCCCAUACCGCCAUCGUCGACCCUACCUCGCCCAAGGGUGCGAAGCCUAGAUGGUCUAUGGAAGUCCGUGUGCUGGUUUUGCUCGAUCCAAAAGCUUCGCAGUAGGCGUCUACACCUUCAAGUCUGCUGCCCGAGAGUUAGGCCUCCUUGACCCGCUCGUUCCAGACUGUACUUUGACCCUUUUACACUGCGUACCCUGCUCCCUCGCAGCGUGGCAUGCCACGUGGUGCGACUGUACUUCGCAUGCUCAUUCCAAUGAAGAAGAAUAUCGCCAAUUCGAUGUUGAAAGUCAUCGCG